GCCACUCGGCGUUCAACAACCCGCUGCGAAAACCCCGACCGACCGACCGUGGACGUGCGCGCCCGCACUAGAGUGAAAUAUAAUAACGACGACCUGUGUGCGAUUAUUUUUUAAAUUUUUAUUCGUUUUAAAUCUUUUCGUGUUGAUAGUUUUUUUUUCUUUUUCUCGUUUAUAAACGCGUGCCCGACUUUUCGCCAGUGAUGCCGAUAAGACCGACGUUUUAAAUAAUUUUUCUCUUGUCGCCUCGUCGAUAUGCGAUCCGUCCGCGCACUCGCUAUAUAAUAUUGUUAGGUAUUAUUGUUAUACAUUUGCUGUUGUGUCUUUUUGCCGUAUCAUCAUCCRAUUCUCGCGACCUUCGCUAAAAUACUACUGCGAUACCGGUAACAUCGCUUAUAUUGUACUAUUAUAUGUUAUUGUAUCAGACGGGUGGAAUUUUAUCAUCAUCAUAAUAUAUAACAUCUGAGGGUGUGACGCGUAAAUGACGACCGCGUUAUGUUAAACCCGUUUAUGGAAAACGCGUCUCUGGUCAACGGCAUGGGCGUCAAGGUCGAGGAAGACUACAUGGCCGCCUCCCAGGACCACUAUCAUCAGAUGCAUUACGGGCAGCAGCAGGCACCGCCGCCACCACCGCCGCCACCGCCUCCUCCACCGUCGGCGCAUCAUCCGGGCUACCCGGGACCGAGAGACUUUUUGCAAAUCCGCCGUGACGUGGCCGACUACCACCACCAUGGGCAUCACCACCAUCACCACCAUCACCAGCACGGCGGGGAUCAUCACAUGGGCGGCCUGUACCCAGGGGCCGUGCACCACGACUUGCAGCUGCACCACGGACAGGCAUACCCGCCGCCGCCGCACCAGCCGUCGCUGCAACCAUCCGCGUCUGUGCACCGGCACAAUGAUUACGGCGCCCAAGAUCCGUACGGUGGCGGGGGUGGUCAUCCAGGUGGCGCGUUUUACCGGUACAUGCGACACGGCCCGGUGGUUGCAGCCACGCUCAAGGACAUGUCGUGCCUGUGGAUCGAUAAGCCUGGGCCGCCGAUGCGCACGUGUGGCAAGAUGUUCGGUUCCAUGCAAGACAUCGUGUCGCACAUAACGGUCGAGCAUGUCGGUGGGCCCGAGUGUACGACCCAUGCGUGCUUUUGGCACGGGUGCGAGCGCAAGGGCCGGCCGUUCAAGGCCAAGUACAAGCUGGUCAAUCACAUCAGGGUGCAUACCGGUGAGAAACCGUUUCCGUGCCCGUUCCAGGGGUGUGGCAAAGUGUUCGCCCGGUCAGAGAAUCUCAAAAUCCACAAACGCACUCACACAGGUACGCACAAUCACUAUCGUAAUCAUAUUUUUAACGCAUUUACACCCUUUUUUACCGCCAAUUGCCGUUCUCGCAAUGUACGCAUGUAAUCGUAGAUAUGAUGAUAAAAUGGUUUG